GAGAAUCCAGUCAUCAAUGGAUGUCCAAGUAAUCAAGAUGUCAACACAGACAGUGGUAAUGCUGCAGCUUUAGUAACCUGGACACCACCUACAGCAACAGAUAAUUCUGGUACUCAGACUCUGACAUCCACUGCCAAUCCUAUGGAUCGCUUUCCUCUUGGAAACAACACAGUGAAUUACACAUCAAUAGAUGCUGCUGGAAAUACAGAUACAUGUACUUUCUACAUUUCUGUUACUGACAAUGAGAAUCCAGUCAUCAAUGGAUGUCCAAGUAAUCAAGAUGUCAACACAGACAAUGGUAAUGCUGCAGCUUUAGUAACCUGGACACCACCUACAGCAACAGAUAAUUCUGGUACUCAGACUCUGACAUCCACUGCCAAUCCUAUGGAUCGCUUUCCUCUUGGAAACAACACAGUGAAUUACACAUCAAUAGAUGCUGCUGGAAAUACAGAUACAUGUACUUUCUACAUUUCUGUUACUGACAAUGAGAAUCCAGUUUUCAUUGGAUGUCCAAGUAAUCAAGAUGUCAACACAGACAGUGGUAAUGCUACAGCUUUAGUAACCUGGACAGGAGCUAAAGUAACAGAUAAUUCUGGUACUCAGACUCUGACAUCCACUGCCAAUCCUGGAGAUUACUUUCCUCUUGGAAAAAACACAGUGAAUUACACAUCAAUAGAUGCUGCUGGAAAUACAGAUACAUGUACUUUCUACAUAUCUGUUACUGACAAUGAAAAUCCAGUUAUCAGUGGAUGUCCAAGUAAUCAAGAUGUCAACACAGACAGUGGUAAUGCUACAGCUUUAGUAACCUGGACACCACCUACAGCAACAGAUAACUCCGGUAACCAGACACUGACAUCCACUGCCAGUCCUGGAGAUUACUUUCCUAUUGGAAACAACUCGGUGACUUACACAUCAACAGAUGCUGCUGGAAAUUCAGAUACAUGUACUUUCUACACAUCUGUUACUGACAAUGAGAAUCCAGUCAUCAAUGGAUGUCCAAGUAAUCAAGAUGUCAACACAGACAAUGGUAAUGCUGCAGCUUUAGUAACCUGGACACCACCUACAGCAACAGAUAAUUCUGGUACUCAGACUCUGACAUCCACUGCCAAUCCUAUGGAUCGCUUUCCUCUUGGAAACAACACAGUGAAUUACACAUCAAUAGAUGCUGCUGGAAAUACAGAUACAUGUACUUUCUACAUUUCUGUUACUGACAAUGAGAAUCCAGUUUUCAUUGGAUGUCCAAGUAAUCAAGAUGUCAACACAGACAGUGGUAAUGCUACAGCUUUAGUAACCUGGACAGGACCUAAAGUAACAGAUAAUUCUGGUACUCAGACUCUGACAUCCACUGCCAAUCCUGGAGAUUACUUUCCUCUUGGAAACAACACAGUGAAUUACACAUCAAUAGAUGCUGCUGGAAAUACAGAUACAUGUACUUUCUACAUAUCUGUUACUGACAAUGAAAAUCCAGUUAUCAGUGGAUGUCCAAGUAAUCAAGAUGUCAACACAGACAGUGGUAAUGCUACAGCUUUAGUAACCUGGACACCACCUACAGCAACAGAUAACUCCGGUAACCAGACACUGACAUCCACUGCCAGUCCUGGAGAUUACUUUCCUAUUGGAAACAACUCGGUGACUUACACAUCAACAGAUGCUGCUGGAAAUUCAGAUACAUGUACUUUCUACACAUCUGUUACUGAUAACGAAGCCCCAGUUUUGACCGGAUGCUUCACAUUACUCACUCAAAACACCCUUCCAAGUGUAGCAUUUGCUCUGGUGUUUUGGGUUGACCCAAAAGCAACAGACAACUCUGGAUCAGUUAAUGUAACAGGAACCAGUACUUCAGGUGACCAGUUUCCUAUCGGUGAAACUAUGGUCACAUACGUAGCCCAAGAUGAUGCUGGCAAUACUGACAAGUGCACGAUUAGGAUUGAAGUAUUGGAUGUGGAAGAUCCUGUCCUCAUGGGCUGUCCAUCAUCCGAUUAUGUUGUAAAUACCACUGCUGGAUUGCAAGUGGCGGAGGUCAAUUAUCCUGUUCCAACAGCUUCAGAUAAUUCAGGGCCAAUUACAGCCAAUUUGACUGCAGGUCUAGCUCCGGGAAACUUUUCAAUUGGUGAAACAUUAGUCAUGUAUACUGCUUCAGAUCCAUCGGGUAACAGCGUAUCAUGCUCCUUUUUUGUCAACGUGUCUGAUGUGGAAAGUCCCAUUUUCUCUGCCUGUCCAUCAAAUGAAACUUUUGGGACAGACUUUAGAGGAGACACCGCUAAACUAAACUGGACUGUUACUGUUACUGAUAAUGAUGCAGUUACUCUGACUUCAGACUACAACACUUCAUAUGUAUUUCCUCUUGGCAGUACGACUGUCACUUAUAACGCUGUAGAUUCAUCUGGAAAUACAGCAAUGUGUGUUUUCACAUUCACAUUAGAAGACCAAGAGGCCCCUUACUACACAGCAUGUCCAACGAAAGUGAUGAAUACUACACUGACUGAUCUAAACUAUCGAAACAUUAGCUGGGUUGUACCAACAGUCCAAGAUAACGUGGAUGCAACCGUUAAUCUCACGGGAGUCUCAGAAAGUCACUCGUCAGGAUCGCAGUUCUUUGUAGGCACAACUAAAGUUAUUUACCAAGCUACUGAUCUCUCUGGGAAUACGGGCAAUUGUACUUUUGAUAUAACAAUCAAUGAUGAACAGCCACCAGAUUUCACCGGUUGUCCCUCCAACAUGAACGUAUCAACAGGUUUAGGUCAACCAAAUGCUACUGUGAAAUGGUCAGCACCUAGUUUCACAGACAAUGUAGAUGUCAAUGUUACAUCAUCUCAUGCAUCUGGGGAUCAGUUCAACAUUGGGGUUACAGAUGUGUUUUAUAAUGGAAGUGAUAGUGCAGGGAACAUUGCUUCUUGUGUUUUCACCAUAACUGUGUCUGACAAUGAAAACCCAGUCAUCAAUGGAUGUCCAAGUAAUCAAGAUGUCAACACAGACAGUGGUAAUGCUACAGCUUUAGUAACCUGGACACCACCUACAGCAACAGAUAAUUCUGGUACUCAGAAACUGACAUCCACUGCCAAUCCUGGAGAUUACUUCCCUAUUGGAAACAACACAGUGACUUACACCUCAACAGAUGCUGCUGGAAAUUCAGAUACAUGUACUUUCUACAUAUCUGUUACUGACAAUGAGAAUCCAGUUAUCAGUGGAUGUCCAAGUAAUCAAGAUGUCAACACAGACAGUGGUAAUGCUACAGCUUUAGUAACCUGGACACCACCUACAGCAACAGAUAAUUCUGGUACUCAGACACUGACAUCCACUGCCAAUCCUGGAGAUUACCUUUCUAUCGGAAACAACUCAGUGACUUACAAAUCAACAGAUGCUGCUGGAAAUACAGAAACAUGUACUUUCUACAUAUCUGUUACUGACAAUGAAGAUCCAGUCAUCAAUGGAUGUCCAAGUAAUCAAGAUGUCAGCACAGACAGUGGUAAUGCUACAGCUGUAGUAACCUGGACACCACCUACAGCAACAGAUAAUUCUGGUACUCAGACACUGACAUCCACUGCCAAUCCUGGAGAUUACCUUCCUAUUGGAAACAACACAGUGACUUACACGUCAAUAGAUUCUGCAGGAAAUACGGUCAACUGUGUCUUCUACGUUGUUGUAACAGAUGAACAGCCACCAGAUUUCACCGGUUGUCCCUCCAACAUGAACGUAUCAACAGGUUUAGGUCAACCAAAUGCUACUGUGAAAUGGUCAGCACCUAGUUUCACAGACAAUGUAGAUGUCAAUGUUACAUCAUCUCAUGCAUCUGGGGAUCAGUUCAACAUUGGGGUUACAGAUGUGUUUUAUAAUGGAAGUGAUAGUGCAGGGAACAUUGCUUCUUGUGUUUUCACCAUAACUGUGUCUGACAAUGAAAACCCAGUCAUCAAUGGAUGUCCAAGUAAUCAAGAUGUCAACACAGACAGUGGUAAUGCUACAGCUUUAGUAACCUGGACACCACCUACAGCAACAGAUAAUUCUGGUACUCAGAAACUGACAUCCACUGCCAAUCCUGGAGAUUACUUCCCUAUUGGAAACAACACAGUGACUUACACCUCAACAGAUGCUGCUGGAAAUUCAGAUACAUGUACUUUCUACAUAUCUGUUACUGACAAUGAGAAUCCAGUUAUCAGUGGAUGUCCAAGUAAUCAAGAUGCCAACACAGACAGUGGUAAUGCUACAGCUUUAGUAACCUGGACACCACCUACAGCAACAGAUAAUUCUGGUACUCAGACGCUGACAUCCACUGCCAAUCCUGGAGAUUACCUUCCUAUCGGAAACAACUCAGUGACUUACAAAUCAACAGAUGCUGCUGGAAAUACAGAAACAUGUACUUUCUACAUAUCUGUUACUGACAAUGAAGAUCCAGUCAUCAAUGGAUGUCCAAGUAAUCAAGAUGUCAGCACAGACAGCGGUAAUGCUACAGCUGUAGUAACCUGGACACCACCUACAGCAACAGAUAAUUCUGGUACUCAGACACUGACAUCCACUGCCAAUCCUGGAGAUUACCUUCCUAUUGGAAACAACACAGUGACUUACACAUCAAUAGAUUCUGCUGGAAAUGCGGUCAACUGUGUCUUCUACCUUGUUGUAACAGACGAUGAGGAUCCAGUCAUCAGUGGAUGUCCCAGUGAUCAGAAUGUUGGCACAGACAGUGGUAAUGCUACAGCUGUAGUAACCUGGACACCACCUACAUCAACAGAUAAUAAUCGUAAGCUGACACUGACGUCUACUGCCAAUCCUGGGGAUUAUUUUCCAAUUGGAAAUACCAUAGUGAACUACACAUCAACGGAUACUGCAGGGAAUACAGAAGUCUGUACCUUCAAUAUAGUUGUGACUGAUGAUGAAGACCCUGUUAUAAUUGGAUGCUAUGUCUCACUUUCAUCAGUAUCACUGCCUGGUGAGGCCUUUGAUAAUGUAAACUUUGUUGAACCGAUGGUCACAGACAACUCUGGUGCUGUUACUAUAAGUGGAUCCCAUGUUUCAGGAACCAUGUUUUACAUUGGAGAAACAGAGGUCACAUUUAAUGCCACAGAUCCUUCUGGGAAUACUGCCAUGUGUUCCUUUCCUAUAACUGUACUUGAUAUGGAAGAUCCUGUCCUCAUGGGCUGUCCAUCAUCCGAUUAUGUUGUAAAUACCACUGCUGGAUUGCCAGUGGCGGAGGUCAAUUAUCCUGUUCCAACAGCUUCAGAUAAUUCAGGGCCAAUUACAGCCAAUUUGACUGCAGGUCUAGCUCCGGGAAACUUUUCAAUUGGUGAAACAUUAGUCAUGUAUACUGCUUCAGAUCCAUCGGGUAACAGCGUAUCCUGCUCCUUUUUUGUCAACGUGUCUGAUAUUGAGCAGCCUGUCUUAAGCUGUCCUCAUAAGAUCUCCCAGAACACUGAGCCUGGUCUCCCGAUAGCCACGGUCAAUUGGAUUGAUGCUAUGGUAACUGACAACUCCGGAUCGUUCAACUUGUCAUCAGAUUUCUCUAGUCCUGCUAACUUCACCAUUGGACAACAUGCAGUCACCUUUACUGCACGUGAUCCGUAUGGCAAUGAGGCAGCCUGUACUUUCUAUAUUAUUGUUACUGACAAUGAGAAUCCAGUCAUCAGUGGAUGUCCUAGUAAUCAAGAUGUCAACUCAGAGAGUGGUAAUGCUACAGCUUUAGUAACCUGGACACCACCUACAGCAACCGAUAAUUCUGGUAACCAGACACUGACAUCCACUGCUAAUCCUGGAGAUUACUUCCCCAUUGGAAACAACACAGUGAAUUACACAUCAACAGAUGCUGCUGGAAAUACAGAUACAUGUACUUUCUACAUAUCUGUUACUGACAAUGAGAAUCCAGUCAUUAGUGGAUGUCCAAGUAAUCAAGAUGUCAACACAGACAGUGGUAAUGCUACAGCUUUAGUAACCUGGACACCACCUACAGCAACAGAUAACUCUGGUACUCAGACACUGACAUCCACUGCCAAUCCUGGAGAUUACUUCCCUAUUGGAAAUACCACAGUGAAUUACACAUCAACAGAUGCUGCUGGAAAUACAAAUACAUGUACUUUCUACAUAUCUGUUACUGACAAUGAAGAUCCAGUCAUCAGUGGAUGUCCAAGUAAUCAAGAUGCCAACACAGACAGUGGUAAUGCUACAGCUUUAGUAACCUGGACACCACCUACAGCAACAGAUAACUCUGGUACUCAGACACUGACAUCCACUGCCAAUCCUGGAGAUUACUUCCCCAUUGGAAACAACACAGUGAAUUACACAUCAACAGAUUCGGAUGGAAAUACAGAUACAUGUACUUUCUACAUAUCUGUUACUGACAAUGAAAACCCAGUCAUCAGUGGAUGUCCAAGUAAUCAAUAUGUCAACACAGACAGUGGUAAUGCUACAGCUUUAGUAACCUGGACACCACCUACAGCAACUGAUAAUUCUGGUACUCAGACACUGAAAUCCACUGCCAAUCCUGGAGAUUACUUCCCUAUUGGAAAUACCACAGUGAAUUACAAAUCAACAGAUGCUGCUGGAAAUACAGAUACAUGUACUUUCUACAUAUCUGUUACUGACAAUGAAGAUCCAGUCAUCAGUGGAUGUCCAAGUAAUCAAAAUGUCAACACAGACACGGGUAAUGCUACAGCUUUAGUAACCUGGACACCACCUACAGCAACAGAUAGCGCUGCUAACCAAACACUGACAUCUACAGCCAAUCCUGGAGAUUACUUCCCCAUUGGAAACAACACAGUGAAUUACACAUCAACAGAUGCUUCUGGAAAUGCAGAUACAUGUACUUUCUACAUAUCUGUUACUGACAAUGAGAAUCCAGUCAUCAGUGGAUGUCCAAGUAAUCAAGAUGUCAACACAGACAGUGGUAAUGCUACAGCUGUAGUAACCUGGACACCACCUACAGCAACAGAUAACUCUGGUACUCAGACACUGACAUCCACUAACAAUCCUGGAGAUUACUUUCCUAUUGGAAAUACCACAGUGACUUACACAUCAACAGAUGCUGCUGGAAAUACAAAUACAUGUACUUUCUACAUAUCUGUUACUGACAAUGAAGAUCCAGUCAUCAGUGGAUGUCCAAGUAAUCAAGAUGCCAACACAGACAGUGGUAAUGCUACAGCUUUAGUAACCUGGACACCACCUACAGCAACAGAUAACUCUGGUACUCAGACACUGACAUCCACUGCCAAUCCUGGAGAUUACUUCCCCAUUGGAAACAACACAGUGAAUUACACAUCAACAGAUUCGGCUGGAAAUACAGAUACAUGUACUUUCUACAUAUCUGUUACUGACAAUGAAAACCCAGUCAUCAGUGGAUGUCCAAGUAAUCAAUAUGUCAACACAGACAGUGGUAAUGCUACAGCUUUAGUAACCUGGACACCACCUACAGCAACUGAUAAUUCUGGUACUCAAACACUGAAAUCCACUGCCAAUCCUGGAGAUUACUUCCCUAUUGGAAAUACCACAGUGAAUUACAAAUCAACAGAUGCUGCUGGAAAUACAGAUACAUGUACUUUCUACAUAUCUGUUACUGACAAUGAAGAUCCAGUCAUCAGUGGAUGUCCAAGUAAUCAAAAUGUCAACACAGACACGGGUAAUGCUACAGCUUUAGUAACCUGGACACCACCUACAGCAACAGAUAGCGCUGCUAACCAAACACUGACAUCUACAGCCAAUCCUGGAGAUUACUUCCCCAUUGGAAACAACACAGUGAAUUACACCUCAACAGAUGCUUCUGGAAAUAUAGAUACAUGUACUUUCUACAUAUCUGUUACUGACAAUGAGAAUCCAGUCAUCAGUGGAUGUCCAAGUAAUCAAGAUGUCAACACAGACAAUGGUAAUGCUACAGCUGUAGUAACCUGGACACCACCUACAGCAACAGAUAAUUCUGGUACUCAGACACUGACAUCCACUGCCAAUCCUGGAGAUUACUUCCCUAUUGGAAACAACAUAGUGAAUUACACCUCAACAGAUGCUGCUGGAAAUACAGAAACAUGUACUUUCUACAUCAAUGUGACAGAUAUCGAGCAGCCUGUCCUAAGCUGUCCUAAUAAGAUCUCCCAGAACACUGAGCCUGGUCUCCCGAUAGCCACGGUCAAUUGGAUUGAUGCUAUGGUAACUGACAACUCCGGAUCGUUCAACUUGUCAUCAGAUUUCUCUAGUCCUGCUAACUUCACCAUUGGGCAACAUGCAGUCACCUUUACUGCACGUGAUCCGUAUGGCAAUGAGGCAGCCUGUACUUUCUAUAUUAUUGUUACUGAUGGAGAAAGCCCGGUGAUUUCUGGUUGCUCCAGUAACAUUACAGUGAAUUCUUCUGCUGGUCUCCCUGUUGCCGAGGUAUCAUGGACAGAACCAAAGGUAACAGAGAACUCCGGCAACUACACUUUGAGCCAAACUCAAGGAAGUCCUUCUGGAAGUAAUUUUUCUCUUGGAGAUACUCUAAUUAUGUACAUAGCUAUGGAUAAUGGAGGGCUCAUGGACAGCUGUCAAUUCACCAUUACGGUUCUUGAUGUGGAAGCCCCCGUCUUGGUGUGUCCAGACAAUGUGAUGAAUAACACCGAAUCGGGCCUGAACUCUGCAAACCUGACCUGGAUGGAACCAACAUAUUCUGACAACUCUGGCAAUGUGAAUGUUACUUCUGAUUAUCCGUCUGGUGCUCGGUUUGGUAUUGGCACAACCGUGGUUACAUACACUGCUGAAGAUAACUCAGGAAACACUGCAACUUGUUCAUUCAAUAUCACUGUGUAUGAUGAGGAGCUUCCCACAUUCACACCUUGUCCCUCGGACAUCGCAGUAGACCAGAACAAUGGCACCAACUUUGCAUCCGUUUCCUUCGGCAAUAUCACAAUCAAUGACAAUGAUGUUGUGACGGUUACCAAUUACAGCCACAACUCUGGGGACACCUUCUUCAUUGGUGAUACCCAGGUUACAAUCUAUGCUGAAGAUGCAUCUGAAAACAACAACACUUGUCAAUUUAUGGUUACUGUUCGUGACACCGAGGAUCCCGUACUUGACUGUCUAUCAGACAUCGUUGUGAAUGCCACAGCUGGACAACCAAAUGCCGUAGUAAAUUGGAUUCCUCCCAAUGCUACUGAUAACUCUGGCACUUAUGAUCUGACCUUUAAUAAAGAGGUUGGCUCAACCUUUGAUAUCGGUUCCUUUGAAGUGGUUUAUAUAGCAUCAGAUGAUGCUGGAAACACAGACAGGUGUACCUUCAUGGUCACUGUACAAGAUGUUGAGGACCCAGUCUUCACGUUCUGCCCAACCAAUCAAGAGGCCUUUGCAUACAUCAAUGUAAGCGUUGAUUGGAUAAUACCACAGGCCAGUGACAAUUCCCUUGGGCCCAUCUUGCUGACAUCUAAUUAUGCAAAUGGUACUGAAUUUCCAGUUGGGAACUACACUGUCACUUACACGGCUGCUGAUCCAUCCUCCAACUCUGCAACAUGUUCCUUCAUUGUUACAGUUUAUGCUAAUGAUUCAGUGGUACCGUUCAUCAUGUGUCCAAAUGACAUCAUGCUAGACACUUUUACUGGCUUAGACUACAGGAAUAUAACGUGGGGUGCACUCACCUACUCAGACAACAUGGAAGUAGUGUCUGUGGACUCAAACUAUCUCAAUAAUAGUUCUCCGUUUUAUAUUGGUACAUCAGUGGUCAUGUAUAAUGUCACUGACCGAGCUGGCAACGUUGCAUCCUGUGACUUCUCUGUGACAGUGCUUGAUAAUGAAGAUCCAAUGUUGUUGAACUGUCCAUCCAACAUGUCUCAAGUGGCUGAUGCAGGUCUGCCUGACACUGCAGUCAACUGGACCAUGGUCAAUGCUACUGAUAAUUCUGGCCAAGUCAGGAAACUAGUCUCCACUUUCCUAUCAGGGACAAGAUUUCCCAUUGGAACCACUACAGUCACAUACCAUGUUGAGGAUCCUUCAAAAAAUUAUGCCUCUUGUUCCUUUGAUGUCACAGUCAUUGAUGACCAACUACCAACAGUGGUUGCCUGUCCAAAGAACACAAUCCUGGGUACAGAUUUAAAUGCAAACACUGCGAUGGUGAUGUGGGUACCUGUUACAUUCAUUGAUAAUUCUGGCAGUGUGAAUGUAACAACCACGCACACCUCCGGGAAUACUUUCCCACUUGGCCUGACCUUUGUUAACUUCACAGCCAGGGAUCCUUCUGGCAAUGAGGCUUUGUGUCAGUUUAGUGUUUCUGUUUUUGAUGAUGAGGCUCCUGUGUUCUCGUCAUGCCCAUCAGACUUCAAUGUCACAGCUGAUGAGGGAUCUAUAAACACCACAGUCACCCUAACUAAUAUCACAUUCACUGACAAUGUCACACCGACACCCAGCCUUGUACUGAACAACAGCCACAAGUCACCAUUGGUUCUUGAGAUUGGACAGCAUGUCAUCAAUUCAUCAGCAACCGAUGAAGCUGGUCUGGUGGGAUACUGCACAUAUACCAUCACUGUCUUGGAUGACCAAGGUCCUAACAUCACUUGCCCAGUUGACAUUGUGAAUGUAACAGAUCCAGGUCUAGCUGUAGCCUCAAUCUCCUGGUCUGAUGCUGUAGCAAGUGACAACACUGGAUCUCUCGCAGUCUCUUCAGACAUUGCUAGUGGUUCUAACUUCACUAUUGGUGAAACAACAGUGACCUACAGUACUACUGAUCCAUCAGGAAACACAGCCAUGUGCUCUUUUACAGUCACAAUCUCAGAUGAAGAACUCCCUGUGAUCAGCAAUUGCCCAUCGGACAUUAACGUGACAACAGAUGCCAAUAGUGAUUCUAAGAGCAAUGUGACUUGGGUAGAACCAACCGCUACAGACAACACAGUAGUUGUAGCCUUGUCUGGGUCUGAGGAUCCAGGAAUGUCAUUCACUAUUGGGGAACAAGAAGUAACCUAUACAGCUGCUGAUCAGUAUGGAAAUGAGGACUUGUGUGUUUUCACUAUUAGAGUUACAGAUGUGGAAAAUCCCGUGUUCACCAGUACACCUAAUAGCACUACAACUACUGCUGAUCCUGGCCAGGCGGGAGCCUUUGUGACACUGACACCGGUCACUGCUACAGACAACUCUGGCUCAUACAUGAUAUCAUCAACAGCUCCUGGAAACUCUUUCUAUCCUAUCGGUGAAACCAGUGUUCUCUUCAUGGUUGUGGAUUCCUCUGGAAACCAGGCAGAAAAGACUAUUUUGGUGACUGUUACAGAUGAUGAAGCCCCAGAAUAUGAUAUGUGUCCUGGUAACCUACAAGUAUCUGCAGAUCAAGGAUCAACAAAUGCUACAGUAGCAUGGAAUGUCCCAGUUUUUUCAGACAACUCUGGCAAUGUCAACGUCACUGAAAACUAUGCCCCACCGACUGUAUUUGGUCUUGGAUCAUACGUUGUUAUAUACAAUGCAACAGAUGCAUCUGGAAAUAGAAUUGUCUGCAUGUUCAAUAUCACGGUGCUGGAUAAAGAAGCUGCAAACAUCACCUGUCCAGCAGAUAUCAGCCUGUCUACCCCUGCUCUACAGUCCUAUGUGACUGUAAACUGGUCUGAUGCUGUAGCCAUAGACAACACAGGACCACUCAACGUCACCUCUGACAUUGCCAGUGGUUCCAACUUCACCAUCGGUUUAACAACAGUCACAUACUCUACACAAGAUACUGCUGGGAACCCUGCAUCCUGUUCAUUUGUAGUGAAUGUCACUGACAACCUAAGUCCAGUGUUUGAUGCUUGCCCGAGUAACAUGACCUUCACAACUCCAGCUGGGGAGGCUACCAGGGUGGUGGGAUGGACAGUAUCUGUGUCGGAUAACUCUGGUUUUGUAUCCAUAUCAAGUACCUAUAAUGUCAAUGAUUCCUUCCCUGUGGGUGUGACACCCGUCUCAUAUACUGCAGUGGAUGGAAGUGGAAACAGUGCUGAAUGUGUCUUUAAUUUGGUCAUCAGUGAUGAGGAAUCUCCAGUGUUCCUGUACUGCCCAAGUUCUUUGUCCCCUAUCCUGGAUACUGGUAACUCUACCCAAGUGGUCAGCUGGUCAAAUCCUGUGGUCACUGACAAUACAGACAAUUACAACCUCAUGUCCAACCAUCAAUCUGGAGAUGCUUUCCCACUUGGCUCAACGGUCGUAGAGUACUUGGCUGUUGAUAACUAUGGCAAUAAUGCAACUUGCACCUUCACAGUCACUGUCCGUGAUUUGGAGGACCCUGUAUUUAGCAUAUGCAAUACAUCAGAUAUCAUGCAGAAUACUGCCACUGGCCUUCCAAACGCCUCUGUUAGUUGGACCGAGCCUGCAGCCAUGGACAAUACUCACAAUGUCACCGUGACUGGAGAUUAUUCUCCUGGUGAUGUGUUCCCAAUCGGUUCAACCCUGGUGACUUACACAGCAACUGAUUCUUCUGGCAACAUGGCCAUGUGUCCUUUCACAGUGAUUGUCGUUGAUGCCGAGCUUCCUGACAUUCAGAACUGUCCAAUGAACCUGUCAGUGUCUACUGACCCAGGUUCUGAUCAAGCCACCUGGAUUACCUGGAUUCAGCCUUCUGCAUCGGAUAACUCUGGUUCAGUUGGUAUUGUUGGUUCCAGGAAUCCAAUUGAUACCUUCACUUUUGGUACCAGUGCAGUGUAUUACAUGGCAGUAGAUGGUGCUGGAAACCAACAGGAAUGUGUCUUUUUUGUAACAGUGGAAGACAAUGAGGAUCCAACAUUCACCACCUGUCCAGAGUCCAUUUUGUCUGGAACCGACCCUUCAGUUGACACGGCUGUGGUGUGGUGGACGAUACCAACUACCUCUGACAACACUGGCAUUGAUUCAUUGGUGUCUGAUUAUACUCCAGGCCAGAUGUUUCCUAUUGGUAACACACUGGUAACCUACAAUGUUACAGACUUGGCUGGAAACCUUGCCAUGUGCUCCUUCUAUGUCAAUGUUACAGAUGAUAUGCUUCCAUCAGUGCUGUCUUGCCCGAAUGAUAUUAACACUGCAUCAGAUGUUGGAUCUAUCAACACAACAGUGGUAUGGGCUGUUCCAAGAUUCAAUGACAAUGAUGGCAAUGUGACCUUGACUUCAAACUAUGAUCCACCAACUGUCUUCAACAUUGGGGUCUAUACCAUCAUGUACAAUGCCACUGAUAUGUCUGGAAAUGUUGCUAAGUGUAUCUUUGUGGUGACUGUGUUGGAUGAGGAAGCUCCAACCAUCACUUGCCCAGCUGACAUUGUGAAUAUAACAGAUCCAGGUCUAGCUGUAGCCUCAAUCUCCUGGUCUGAUGCUGUAGCAACUGACAACACUGGAUCUCUCGCAGUCUCUUCAGACAUUGCCAGUGGUUCUAACUUCACUUUUGGUGAAACAACAGUGACCUACGAUACUACUGAUCCAUCAGGAAACACAGCUAUGUGCUCUUUUACUGUUACAAUCUCAGAUGAGGAACUACCAAGCAUUUCAUUCUGUCCAAGCAACAUCUCCAAGUCAGCGGACCCUGGGUCAAUGACAAGCACUGUGACGUGGACUUUGCCAGACUUCACUGACAAUGUAGGUGUUGUCUUUGUUAAGGAUUCACAUCAGCCUCCAGAUAUCUUUUCUAUUGGAAUGACAAAUGUGACCUAUACUGCAUCUGAUGCUGAAGGAAAUAUGAUUGUCUGUGAAUUUCAGGUUACAGUUCUAGAUACUGAGCUUCCUGUCUUCCUGAACUGUCCAUCAAACAUGAGUGCCACAACAGAUCCUGGGUCAGCAUUAGCUACUUUGAGUUGGCCUACAGUACUGGCUACUGACAACGAUGGUACCCCAGUUAUUGAUACUGGUCUGACUGGAUUUACAUUCCCUGUAGGGGUUGAGGCUGUGACUUACAAUGCCACAGAUGCUUCAGGAAAUGUAGCAGAAUGUACUUUUUAUAUCACAGUCACAGAUAAUGAGGCUCCCAGUUACACAAACUGUUCUUCUGACUUCAGUGUAGCCGCAGACAAAGGUUCAAUCAAUACCACUGUUAACUGGCAGGUUCCUACAGCUAUGGACAAUGUCAAUACAAUGGCCCUAGUCCUAUCUUCUAACUAUCAACCACCGGUUGUGCUUGACAUCGGAUCAUAUCUCAUCAACUAUACAGCUGUAGAUAUUGCUGGACUUGUUGGAGAAUGUCUUUUUACAAUCACAGUAACAGAUGGUGAAGUCCCAACCAUCACUUGCCCAGCUGACAUUGUGAAUGUAACAGAUCCGGGUCUAGCUGUAGCCUCAAUCUCCUGGUCUGAUGCUGUAGCAACUGACAACACUGGAUCUCUCGCAGUCUCUUCAGACAUUGCCAGUGGUUCUAACUUCACUAUUGGUGAAACAACAGUUACCUACAGUACUACUGAUCCUUCAGGAAACCCUGCUAUGUGCUCUUUUACUGUCACAAUCUCAGAUGAAGAGAACCCAACGCUGUUGAACUGCCCCUCGGCUAUCACCUAUAACAUCACCAACUCCAGCUCACAGGCUGUUGUCACUUGGCCAGCUCCAACAAUUGCAGACAAUUCAGAAAGGGUCUUCACGGUGAUCUCCACUCAUUCAGGCUCCCUCUUUAACUUUGGUGACACAACCGUUGUUUAUCGUGUGCAAGAUCUUGCUGGAAACAUGGCCUCCUGUUCAUUUGUUGUGUCUGUUAAUGAUCAAACCCCACCAGUCAUUGAGGGUUGUCCAUCUAGUAUCAACACAACUACAGAUCCAGGAUCUCCUACAGCAAUGGUGACGUUCCAAUCUCCUAACAUCACUGACAAUCAAGGCACACCUAAUAUCAUGUUGAACAAACAGUCUGGCUCAGAAUUCCCAGUGGGAGACACAGUUGUUACCUACACUGCUACGGAUGGUUUUGGCAAUGAGGCUUCAUGUAGCUUUACUGUAUCAGUGUCUGAUGAGGAACCACCUGUCUAUGUGGGUUGUCCUUUCAAUGUGACUGUCCCCACCGAUAAUGGAACAGCCAGUGCUGUUGUGAACUGGACAGAGCCUGCCGUGUCUGAUAACACGGUAGCAGUCACAUCAACCCCUGCUAUACCUAUAGGAAGUACCUUCAAUCUUGGCAGUACAACAUUCACCUACACAGCUCAAGAUGCCUAUGGCAAUACUGCUCUUUGUCAUGUUAAUGUCAUUGUUUAUGAUGAUGAGCCACCAGUUCUACAGGGUUGUGAUUUUGGUGAUAUCAUCCAGGAGGCAGAUGCAGCAACAGAUCAAGCAGUAGUUGUCUGGACACCUCCAGUGGGUGUGGAUAAUUCAGGUGCCCCUACAGUCUCAGAGAACUACGCUCCAGGAUCAUCCUUCCCUGUGGGUGUCACUACUGUCACCUAUACUGCUACCGAUGUGGCUGGACUCAAUACCACAUGCUCUUUCAACAUCUCGGUGCUUGAUUCAGAGUCCCCAACAUACACCACAUGCCCAAGCAAUGUGGUUGGCUACACAGGAAACGACACCACUGGUGAGGUGAGUUGGUCAGUCCCCACAGUGACUGACAAUGUUGCAGUGGUCUUUGAGAAUCAGACACACUAUCCAAAUGACAGCUUCCCACUCGGAAUCACUACUGUGGUGUACUCUGCUUUUGAUGCGACUGGAAACUUUGGAGAAUGCAGCUUCAAUGUUACAUUAUCUGAUAUUACUCCCCCUGUCAUCAGAGGAUGUCCUUCAAACUUUGAUGUCAAUGCACCAUCAAACGAUAGUGGUUUAGUCGUGACCUGGGAUCCCAUAUCUGCAACAGAUGCCUUUGGCAUUGAUUCACAAAAUUCAUCCCAUUCGAGUGGCUCAGUCUUUGUCAUUGGACCUGGAGUCACUGUGACUUAUAUCUUUUAUGAUCCUAAUGGAAACUUUGCAAGAUGCUCAUUUGUUGUGACUGUACUAGAUGUUGACAGACCAGUUGCAAGUGGAUGUCCAGCAAACAUCACUGUGGAACCUGACCUUGGAUCUCUCAAUGCAACUGUGAACUGGACAGAACCAGUUUUCAGUGAUAACAGUGGCAACUUUACACUGAGCAAUAUGAUACCACCACUCUCUGUGUUUGAACCUGGCACUAGUAUAGUCCUCUAUCAGGCUACAGAUUCCUCUGGCAAUGUUGGCUCUUGUGCUUUUUACAUCACAGUCCAAGACACUAUCCCUCCAAAACUGACUGGAUGCCCAAGCAACAUCAAUGUAACGACCGACCCAGGCAGUUCCACAACCAACGUAUCAUGGUCAGAACCAGUGGCAAGUGAUAACAGUAUUGAGCCCACAGUCACUGUGACCAUACCAUCUGGUAGUUUGUUCACCAUCACAGAAACCUUGGUUACUUACACUGCUACAGAUGCAGCCAGCCUUGUUGCAGAGUGUUCAUUCACAGUUACCGUCAGAGAUGAAGAGUUACCUGUCUUCACCGAGUGUCCAAGCAGCAUCAACCUGACCUUACCUUUCAAUGACAGUAGCCUUAAUGCAACAUGGUCAGAUCCUACCGCAACAGACAACAGCUGGAUAGUCACCGUUACCUCUAGUCUACCUCAAGGCUCAGUACUAGCUCUUGGCUCCUCAUCUGUCACGUACACAGCGGUUGAUCUAUCUGGGAAUCAAGCUCAGUGCAUCGUUACCCUAUUAGUCCUUGAUGAAACUGUCCCUGAGAUCACCUGUCCUUCAGAUAUCAUGGUCAACACUGAUGCUGGUAGGGCUACAGCCACAGUUACAUGGGAUGCAGCCAAUGCCACUGAUAACAGUGGUGUAGUGAGCGUCAUGACUGAUGUAGCAAGUGGAACCAACUUUGCAGUUGGAGACACAGAAGUAACUGCCACAGCCACAGAUGGAUCUGGGAACGUUGCAACCUGUACCUUUACUGUCACAGUGUCAGACAUGGAAGCACCUGUCUUUAUCAUCUGCCCCAGCGACCAGACCUUAUCCCUCCCAAACACCGGAGCCGCUACCCGUGUGGUUAGUUGGACCACCCCAAUUGCUUCUGAUAACACCAUAGUUUAUCAGCUUUCAGUUAAUGCUUCUUCUGGAUCUCCGUUCAGUGUGGGCACCACAUUGGUACGGUACAUAGCCGUUGAUCUCUACAACAAUACUGAAUAUUGUGAUUUCAGUAUUACUAUCAAUGAUGCAAUCCCACCCACCUUUUCCAACUGCAACACUACCACCCUCACACAGUCUACCGAUGUGAACUCGCCCAUUGCCAUGGUGAUCUGGUCUGAACCCACUGCUUCUGAUAACUCUGGUGUAUUCACUGUUACCUCCACAUAUUCACCUGGUGAUUCUUUUCCUGUUGGUGACAAUGUUGUGGAAUACCUGGUUGUUGAUUCCUCAGGGAACAAUGCAACUUGUUCCUUCCUUGUCGUUGUUGAAGACACGGAAGCACCUCAAUUCCCUGGUUGUCCCGUGAUGCUCCUGACUGCCCAAGAUGCUGGAGAGGUUUUUGCUACAGUCACCUGGCAGCUGGUAGCUACUGACAAUGUCCAAGUGGUCAAUGAGACAUCCAGUCAUACCAAUGGUACUCAGUUUGAUCUGGGUAGCACUGAGGUGUCCCUUGUAGCUCUUGAUGCUGCCGGUAACCUUGGAGUCUGUAACUUUACUGUCAUUGUACAAGAUCAAAGUGCUCCUGUCAUCAUGAACUGUCCUGGAACAACAACGUCAACUGCCUUUGUGAAUGCAAACUACAGUGUUGGAUUCUGGGUAGCGCCUACUGCAUCUGAUCCUGGUGGAGAUGUGACACGAACCAGUGACUACCAGCCACUUGAUAGAUUUUUCAUUGGUGACACUCCAGUGACCUAUGUCUUCACUGAUAGUGCUGGCAAUCAGGCUAACUGUACAUUCAUUGUAGAAAUUACUGAUACCCAAGAUCCUGUCAUAACUGGCUGCCCAUCCGAUAUCACAGUGGGUCCAGACCAAGGAUUAGUGACCGCAGUGGUCAAUUGGACAGAGCCUAUCAUCACAGACAACUCUUAUUCUGUGACAGUCACUCAAAAUGAAUUCCCCAACACCGUGUUCAGCGGAGGUUCGGUGACUGUCACCUACAUGGCUACUGAUCCCAGUGGAAACCCUUCCACUUGUUCCUUUACAGUCACAGUCACAGAUUCUGAACCACCAAUGCUCAGUCAAUGCCCAGGAAACAUAACCCGUGCAACAGAUAUUGGUAAUGCUACAGCCUUGAUCUCUUGGGUAGAACCCACUGCCACUGACAAUAGCAUACCACCCAAUGUUACAUCAACGGCAUAUCCUCCUUCAUACUUCAAUAUCGGAGAGACCACUGUGACAUACACUGCUACAGAUGCCUUCCAGCUUACAGAUACUUGUUCCUUUAUAGUGACUGUUAUAGAUGAGGAGUCUCCUGUAAUAUCCAGCUGCUCACCAGACGUGUCGUUUGUAGUUGACACAGAUUCUGACCGGGUAAACGUGACCUGGGCCCUUCCCACCGUUUCUGACAACAGUGGGGUUGUUGGUCUGAUGGCUAACAUUGAUCCAGGCACUGUAUUGAUGGUUGGAGAGUAUGCUGUGACUUACACUGCAACAGACUCAUCAGGAAACACAGAUAAUUGCACCUUUAGUCUCAGUGUGCUUGAUGAAACCCCACCAACUUUCUCUGAUUGUGACCGCACAAUCACUGUUAACACAGACCCAGCCACUCCUACUAGUUUAGUUACUUGGAAUGUAUCUGCAACUGAUAAUAAUGGGGUUCCUACAGUGCAAUCAACAAUGGUCUCUGGAUCGUUGUUUAGUAUCGGCAAUACCACUGUUGACUUCACUGCUACAGACUCAUCGAAUAAUACCAAUACCUGCUCACUACUUAUUCAGGUUAUAGAUAAUGAAAAUCCAAGAUUUGAAAACUGUUCAUCAAACAUCACAGUUAACACUGAUCCCAACUCCAGUGUUGCAAUGGUGACAUGGCAAGAACCUACAGCUAUUGACCACUCAGGUUCAGUAAGCCAGCAAUCUGAUAUUGCUAAUGGAGCAUCAUUCUCCAUUGGACCUACAACUGUUACCUAUACUGCUGUUGAUGCAAGUGGAAACACUGCACUAUGUUCCUUCAUUGUGACAGUCAUCGAUGACCAAUCACCUGUGUUCACUUCCUGCAACACCAGUACCAUCUAUCAGAGCACUGAUCUGGGUGAGAACUAUGCAACGGUCAGUUGGACCCUUCCUACUGCUACGGACAAUGAUGGGACACCUACAAUGAGUUCUACAUCUGACCCACUAGAUCAAUUCUCUUUGGGUCAAACACUGGUAGUUUACACUGCAUCAGAUAACUCUGGCAAUCAAGUCAAUUGUUCUUUCACUGUUGAAGUAACUGACGAUGAGCCACCAAUGUUUUCAGGCUGCCUGACAGCAGGUGUUACGACCAACCUUGGAUCUUCCCAAAGCUUUACAUCAGUUAGCUGGGCAACUCCAACUCUAUCAGAUAACGUCAUGGUUGCCUUCAAUUCAUCCUCCGCUACCCCGGGAUCCAUCUUCUUCUUUGGAACAACCAUUGUAACAUACUAUGCUAAUGAUACGUCAGGCAAUGAAAUGCGUUGCUUGAUUCCUGUUAAUAUUUUAGAUGUGACUGCGCCCAGUCUUGUCACUUGUCCAUCAACGGUUACAUACAACUCUUCUACCUACACACCUGGUCAAGGGCCUCUCUUUGUCACACCUAAUGCUACUGAUGCAGUCGGGAUUCAGUCUGUCACAUCCAAUCUAGGCCCCUAUGAUAACUUCACCCUGGGUGCUACUACAGUUACUUAUGUCUUCAAAGAUCUUGCUAACCUUACCACUUCCUGUGAAUUUGAUGUUAUAGUUGAAGAUGAUGAGAAUCCUACAGUGGACUUCUGUCCCACUGAUCAGACAUUGAUGUUCAAUAGCAAUGGUUCUAGUGUCAUCACAGUGACUUUGAUGCAGCCAAUCUUCUCUGAUAACUCUAAUAAUGUCACCAUUGAGUCAUCUCAUACCAACUUGACUACACUAGCUCUAGGAAACCAUACCAUCACAUAUACAGCCUUGGAUCCCUCUGGAAAUAUGGCUGUCUGUAGCUUUGUCAUCACUGUUGAGGAUACCAUUCCACCAGUCUUGUCUGCUUGUCCUGAUGAUGUCAUUUUAGUAUUAGCCAAUGGUAGUUCAGUAGCCAAUGUGACUUGGUCUGCUCCGACUGCAUCUGAUAAUGGUGAAAUUGCAGAGCUUGUGUCAUCUCAACAGCCUCCAGCAUUAUUCCCUAUUGGUGUAACUACAGUCACCUAUACAGCUAGAGAUACGGCUGGACUUACAUCAUCAUGCUCUUUCAAUGUCACUAUCAUAGAUGUUGAGUCGCCUGUAAUAUCGGACUGCCCUAGCAACAUCACAGUGGAAGUAGGACCAAUGGACUCAACCUCCAAUGUAUCUUGGGUAGAACCAACUGCCAAUGAUAACAGCAACAAUGUUGGUUUGACUUCCUCUCACUCACCUUACAGCAUCUUCUCCAUUGGUGAUACGGAUGUUACAUACACUGCAACAGACGGCUCAGGAAACAUUGAUACAUGCAUGUUUGUUAUAACAGUCCUUGACAAUGUGAAUCCAGUCUUAACUUGCAAAUCCGCAAUCACCAUUGCUACUGACCCCGGUCAAGCUACUGCUUCCAAUAUCAGCUCAUAUAACAUGGCUACAGACAAUUCAGGGACACCAGUAUUGACCUCUAACUUACCCAUGGAUGAAGCUGGUCUAGGAGUGACCCCAGUGACCAUUACAGCUACAGAUGGGUCUUGGAACACAGCUAUGUGUCAAUUCAACAUCACUGUAGUAGAUAAUGAAGGACCGACCUUUACACCAUGUCCAGAAGACAUGCAUCUGAACACAACUAACGUUGCAAGCUGGACCAUCCCUGUAGCUUCAGAUAACACAGGAAUCAUUGCAAGCUCUGUAUUCUCCCAUGAACCCGGUGUCUUCCCUGUAGGACCCACCGUUGUCAGUUACAAUGCCACUGAUCAGUUUGGCAACUUUGGCACAUGCCAAUUCACUGUCACUGUUGAUGCCUCUGGUAGCCCUGUGGUAUCUGGAUGCCCAGCGGACAUAUCUGUUAACUCAUCAGUAGGUACCUUCAGUGCUAAUGUGACCUGGGUAGAACCUACUGCUACCGAUAGUGAUGCGGUCAACACCACUCAGUCACAUUAUCCUGGUCAAUUGUUCCCUAUCGGAGUGACCGAAGUGACCUACAUCUUCACAGAUACCACUGGCAGGUCUACAUCAUGUAUCUUUGAUAUCACAGUCAUAUUACAAGGGGACACUGUGCCACCUGUCUUUGACUUCUGUCCAAGUAACUUCAUUGCAUACACUGAAGUAGGCAAGGGCUUUACCACUGUCUCUUGGCCUGAACCCAUUGCAUCUGAUGCCUCUGGACUACCAGUGACCCUCUCCUCUGACACUGUUAAUGGAGAUAUCUUCCAGGUUUACAACUACACCGUUAUCUAUACCGCCAAAGAUAGCGUCAAUAAUACUGCCAUGUGUGAAUUCACCUUUCAAGUCUUAGAGGAUUUUGCACCAGUUAUUGAGAACUGCACUUCAGAUAUAUCACAGGACACUGAUGCUGGUGCUGCUAAUGCUAUGGUCACCUGGUUGGUCCCAAUAGGCAGCGAUGCUAAUGGUCCAGUUACCACUACUGCAAACUACUCUCCUGGUGCUAUCUUUCCUGUGGGUACAACGGUUGUCAAUUAUGAUGUCAUUGAUGGCACCAAUAACACAGCAAACUGCACGUUUAGUGUCACUAUUUCAGACAAUGAGAUGCCUGCUUUCACGUUCUGCCCAUCUGAUGUGAAUGUCUAUGUUCAAGCCAAUGAAACCUCUGGCAAUGUGACCUGGCCGUUACCCGUUGCUGUAGACAAUGUGGGUGUAGUCAGUCUCGUAACUACUUCCUCGCAGGGUACUUAUAAUCUUGGACCUGUCAAGGUAGUGUACAAUGCCCAAGAUGCUGCUGGCAAUCAGGAGAUCUGCUCGUUUACCGUUCAAGUCAUUCAGGAUCAAAUACCAACCAUAGAAGGCUGCCCCGAUGACAUCACCCAGUCUACUGACCCUGGUGUCAACAAUGCCAGUGUGUCCUGGACUGAGCCUACUGUGACAGAUGACAGAGACAAUGCAACCAUCUCCACAGACAACUACUCUCCUGGAGACACAUUCCCUAUUGGGUCAACAGCAGUCAUGUAUACUGCCACUGAUAUCUCAGGCAAUACUGUUACUUGCUCAUUCACUGUCUUAAUAAGGGAUGAGGAAGAUCCUGUGAUUGUAAACUGCCCCAUGGCAAUCACAGAGUACAUCCCUGUCUCUACGACUAUCAUGGUAACGUGGACAGAACCCACAGCAACAGACAAUAACGACGUAGCAAGUCUGACGGCCAAUGUACAAUCUGGUACAGCUCUUGGAAUAGGAGUCACUGAUGUCAUCUAUACUGCUCUUGAUGAUUCAUCUAACACUGCUACUUGUACCUUUAGGAUUAAAAUCAUAGAGGACAUGCCUCCAACUAUAUCUGGUUGCCCCUCAGACCAGUCAGUAAACACAGACUUUAAUAGUUCCACCGCAGUGGUUACCUGGAGUGAACCAUGGGCUUCAGAUGACCUUGGAAAUGUUACCCUAAGCUCAGACUUUGCCUCAGGUUCAGCCUUUGGUAUAGGUGCUACUCCGGUUACCUAUACUGCUACAGACUCGAGUGGCCAGACAGAAACCUGUACUUUCCGUGUGACAGUUCAGGACCAAGAGGAUCCUGUCCUGCUGAACUGCCCAACUGCUGUAUCUGCCAUUAUCGGCCCUGAUGAGACAACCGUCCCUGUUACUUGGACUCCUCCUACGGCUACUGAUAACUCUGGUGUAGUGACUUUGACUGGAACUAGAAAUCCUGGUGUUGAGUUAUCCAGGAAUCUCUAUCCUGUAAUCUACAUUGCCUUGGAUGCAUCAGGCAACAGUGCCACAUGUAGCUUUAUAAUUACAGUCUCAGAGGACCAACCUCCUGUGAUAUCAAACUGUCCUAGUGACCAGACUGUCAGCACAGAUGCUGGCCAAAACUAUGCUUCUAUAUCCUGGACAGAGCCAUCAGCCACUGAUGAUACAGGCAAUGUUUCAGUCUCUAUCUCUCCAUCAUCAACGCAGUACCCACUAGGAACAACACCUGUCAUAUACACCUUCACUGAUGCUAUUAAUCUAACCAGUACAUGUUCAUUCUCAGUGACAGUGCAGGACAAUGAGGAUCCCGUCAUCACUGAAUGUCCAGUGGACAUUAAUAUGUUGCUGCCUGCCUCUCAGCUACCAGUGACUGUUACCUGGACUGCACCAUCGGCUACUGACAAUACAGGAAAUGUGUCCUUGUCUGUCAACAUUGAAUCUGGGAUGUCUUUCCCAGAAGGUACUCAUGAAAUCAGCUACACUGCUACUGAUAGCUAUGGCAACUCAGACACCUGCUUGUUUAGUAUCAUUGUAGCAGUUGAUGAGCCACCUACGUUCACAUUCUGCCCAUCUUCAAUCAACAUGGCUACUGAAACUGGUGUGGAUUAUUCUUCAGUGUCAUGGUCUCCAGCUACAGCUACUGAUGAUAAUGGUGAUGCUACCCUCUCAUCAGACUAUCAGUCAGGGGCAAACUUCAACAUUGGAACUACAACGGUUACCAUUACAGCUGUUGACUCAGCUGGAUCUUCCUCAACUUGUACUUUUGAUGUCACUGUUAAUGAUGAAGAGAAUCCAGUGUUAUCAAACUGCCCAUCAGACAUCACAGUGUACGUAUCCAACUCAUCAGAAUCAGCCAUUGUCACUUGGACUGAGCCAUCAGUAACUGACAACUCUGGAGAGAGUAUCGUACCAAGCUCAAAUGCUGCAUCUGGAGCCAGCUUUGGACAGGGUAGCACCAUAGUCCUCUAUUCCGCCACCGAUUCUUCUCAGAAUCUCGAUACCUGCAGCUUUGUUGUUAUUGUACAAGUUGCUACCAGCCUUAGUCAAUUUGAAGCUAACUUGAAAUUGAACAGGAUCCAAGAUCAGGUUGGUCCCUAUACAUCUGGUGAUGUGACUUCUAGUGCAUCCAAGUUACGAGAUGAUCUUGAAAACCUGUUCCGUCAGAGCUCAGUCAGCACUUACUUUGCUGGGGUUCAGAUCACGUCAUCUACCGUAGAUCCGGCCGACAAUCUCUCUGCAGACUAUUUACUCACUCUCUACUUCAGAGACAAUGUAGCUGUCACUGAAACAGCAAUAGAGGGUGCUUUUGAUGCAGCUCUUGUCAAUAACAAGUUUAACGUCAACAAUGGAGUGGCUCAAGCUAAUGACUUCUACAUCUCCCCAGGCGCAUGCUCAAGCACACCAUGCCAGAACUUCGCUACUUGUAUAGAUUUGAACAGGGUGGACUUUGAAUGCACAUGCACCUCUGCCUACACCGGUACACUCUGUACAGAUGAUGUUAAUGAAUGUUUAAACAAUCCUUGUGGAGUGAACCAAGACUGUAAUAACAACAUCGGAAGCUACACCUGUCAAUGUUCAGAAGGAUUUACCAUUGUCGGUGAUCAAUGUAUUAAAGUGGCGACAUCGCUUGGUGGUGCAUUUGAUAUUGAGAUGAUUGAUGGAGCUCCAGCUGUCUUCAGUUCAGACCUUAAUGAUGAGAAUUCUGCAGCUUAUACAAACCUUGAAUCUAAGGUCACUUCUGCUCUUGAUGGCAUCUACAACGGUACCACUGGAUACCUUGGGUCAGGGGUCAUUUCGUUUGCUAGCGGUAGUAUCAAAGUGGAAUAUGAACUUCUCUUUGAGAGUGAAGUGGAUGCCACAAGCAUAGAUAGCAUGCUCAAUAGAAGUAUCAGUCAAUCGACCGGUGAGAUUGGUCAGACUAAUAUUAUCGUCGAACCUUCUACAGUUGUAACAGUACAAGAACUCUGCCCAGCGGAUUACUGUGGGAAUAAUGGUGUUUGUGUCAUCACAGUUGGACUUCAGAGCCUUUGCAUCUGUGACACCAACUUUGAAGGUGACCAAUGUGAGAUCAACCUGAACAGUAUACCAACUUACAUCAUUGUCCUGAUCGUAGCAGCAGGUCUUCUUGUUGUCAUCGUCAUUGUCCUCCUUGCAUUGUGCUUCUUCAUCAUGAGGACGUCCAAUGACAAGGAGUCUGGCAACUUCAUCUACAGCGUAGAAGGAGGACAUGAGAACUUCACGUUUGGUCACACCCGUGAUGACAUGGUCCAUAUGCGCGGUCCGGGAAGAUCAAAUGUUAAUCAUGCCAACGACAGUGGCAGGUCAGAUAUGAGGAUGUCGAGGGAGAAUGAAAGGCAUCAAGAAAGAGACUACGACCAUCAGCAUCAUCGACGCAAGAAGAAAUAUGGAGAGCGCUUCUACCAUAAUACUCCACCACCAUCGUAUAACGGUACUGGAGUGGCAAUGGGUAGAGAUGCAUUAGAACAACCUUCUUCACGAUCUCGUCAUCAACCUCGACCACUCAUCCAGGAUAUAGGUUCUGCUCCAAGGGAUGAUGAUGUGAAUAUUCAUCAACUCUAUGCAGACAGACGAGGCAAUGAUCCUCAACUUAUUAGUGAUGCACCCAACACAACAUCAAACCAGCAGCCAUAUAUAGCCACUGGACAGGAGGCAGCUACGGUCUAUGGUCAUCGUAAUGUGGAAAAUGAACCUGGAUAUUUCUGAGCAAAGAUAGAUGCAAUUGUGUCAUCUGAUAAUGAAUGUUACAUAAAGUAGAUGAGAUGUUGAAAAGCUGAUGGACAGGGAAGCUCUCCUCUCUCUGGGUUGAACAGCGACGGUUCAAAGGUCAUCUAUACAAAUCAGGCUGAAUUCGUAUUAAAAACAAUUUUUAUGGCUUUCUUAAUUGACAGUACUAAUAUUUUUGCAUUAAAAGUAUUCAUACAUCUAUCAUGCUUAUUUUUUUAUAGAAAUAUAUUUUGUAAUAGACAUUAAGAUAUUCUUCAAACCAAAGUCUGAUGCAUUGUGCUUUUCUAUGUACCAAAGAGCUGCCAAAUUGUUGAAUUUGUAGAAAAUAAUUUGGAAAAGUGCGAGAAAAAAGCGCUAUUACUGAUACAUGCGUAAUUGACAUGAUUUUAUUUAGGUUAGAUUUUACAUUAUUUAUUUCUGAGUAAGAUUUUUAAAUGGAGGUGCUUUUUUAAUAAAGGUAGAAUUAAAAAUCAUUCACACAACAAACAACUCAUGAGAAUAAACAAGUAAACAUUUUCACUCUUCUCUUUCUCCCUUUCUCUCUCUUGUGAUUUAUUUAUGAUGGUAAUAUUUAUUCAACAUAUCAUAUAUGAUGAGCUCAUGAAAGAAAAAAGGCACGAAACAAAUUUUGAUUACUAUGAUAUAUGUAAAAUGAUCACCUUUGAGAAAACCUGGAAACUCUCAUCAUACUCUCUUACAUCACUGUUAAAUGAUAGAUAUCAUCUGUCCUUAUAUAUCUUCACUUGUAAAAGAGAUAUAUUCCCUUGAAAAUAUAGUAUAGCUUAAAAAGUGAACUUUGGUUUAAGAAAACAAACGAUUGUAUUGCCUUUGUGUUGACGCUCAUGUCUUUUCAAGACUAAUAUGUGAAAUGUUAAAGAAUUAACUUGUGCAAAUAAUCUUGUGAUUUGUGUCAAGGUAAUUUACAAAUAAUAGUUUCAACUUUUUAAUUCUAGAUUUUUGCAAUGUUACAAUGUAAUUUGUCUUCAUAGGAGACAUUUUUUUGCAAUUUCAGGAAUCCAUGAAUGCUUAUGCAAUAUUUAGUAUGCUGCUACUGGUGAACUUUUACAACCUUUUCUCCUUUCCAUUGUUUUUAACAUGUUUAAAAUGAUUCAUUUUGCAUGUUCUUUAAAUAAAAAACUUCAUUGUUCUUUUAAAGUGUGUUUGAUAUGUGACACGGGAUUAUUCAUACCUCCUCCACAAAUGCGCUCACAGUUUUUUUAUACAGAACUUUGCAUAUGAUUUAUAUCUUGAGUCAUACAAGUUUAAAGAUAUGUUCCAUCACUGUUUGUCUGUCUCGUUUUAAAGAAAAGCUUUAUGAAACAUGUUAAUGUGUGCUGUCAUGCCAAUGAUGUUACUAUUUUGUAUUUGAUUUUAAUGUAGAUCUUUUUAUGUAUACUUCUACUCAGAAAGAUUAAUUAGUUUUAGAUUUUCCUUUGUAUGUAUGAAAAAUAUUAACCUAUGAGGUACUUUAUGGAUAUUACUCUUUUUAACUAUGAAUAAUAAAUAUCUAUAUAUAUUGGUGACUUCGCUCUAUUCUUCUUCAUUGUUCAAAUGUAUUCUAUUUUUUAUUCAUGUUUAUGAUUGCUCAGGGUAACUUUGGUAUUCUGUGAGGUGUUUCAUCAUUGUUUUCUGAUUUUAUAUUUGAUAUUUAUAUACUAUUUGUGUUUCAGAAAUAUGUGUCAUUUGAUAUGUAAUGUGAUGAAUAAAUGAGAUUAUAAAUGAAA